UUCCAGAGCUGUUUACAAAUUGCACAUUAUUCACAUCAGUACCUGCUGCAGUAUUCUAGGUUCCUAUUGGAUCCACUCAUAACCAUAUGUUCUGGAACGGCUCCGUCUGUGCUGCAUCUGCAGUUUUCCGGUUGUAAGUCAUAGGUCGGUAUAAAAUCGCAACUGAUGGGUUUGCCAAGCGUUCUAAUAGCUCUUCUAAUACCAUUUCUAACUGAUCUUUAAUUGGUCUUGUUAAUUCUGUAAUGUAGGAAAUAAUAAAAUAAUCAAGUAGCUUAGCAAAAACAAAUUGAUUUUAAUCUAAGCACUUCUUUUUUUAAUGUGACUAUUGCUUAAGUAUAACCUCUGUACUUAAAUUAUAUUUCUCCCUUCUAAAUUCUUUGCAUGAAACCAAUUAAGGAUGAUCAAUGUGCUACAUAAUGAAGGAAGGUUUUUUUAGUUAAUAAAGGGCCCCAAUGCAGGCGCCUUCUACUGUGGGUGGGUGAAGAGACACCUGCAUGCCACCUCCCACGAGGGGACACCUACAUGCCACCUCCCACGAGGGGACAUCUACAUGCCACCUCCCACGAGGGGACACCUACAUGCCACCUCCCACGAGGGGACACCUACAUGCCACCUCCCAUGAGGGGACACCUACAUGCCACCUCCCAUGAGGGGACACCUACAUGCCACCUCCCACGAGGGGACAUCUACAUGCCACCUCCCACGAGGGGACACCUACAUGCCACCUCCCACGAGGGGACACCUGCAUGCCACCUCCCACGAGGGGACACUUGCAUGCCACCUCCCAUGAGGGGACACCUGCAUGCCACCUCCCACGAGGGGACACCUACAUGCCACCUCCCACGAGGGGACACCUACAUGCCACCUCCCACGAGGGGACACCUACAUGCCACCUCCCACGAGGGGACACCUACAUGCCACCUCCCACGAGGGGACACCUACAUGCCACCUCCCACGAGGGGACACCUACAUGCCUCCUCCCACCCGCCCCUCUUUGAUUCUGCUCUGACUAAAGAAGUCUUAAACAUCUUUGAUUCACAGUUACAAUUGAAUAUUGUUAAGAGACAAUAAGAUGAGGGCCCUUCUGGGAAGAGCUUACAAUUUAGUUUGAAUGCUAAGGUUCCCAAUGCUGUCCCUAUUGCUUACUAGAGCUAUCUCUAAAAAACUACUUGUGGGAAGUUAGAAAGUGCAAAAAGUGCUAAUAAUAUACAAUAUGCUACUAAACACCGGAAAUGACCCGACGCUAAGCCAUUGCGAUACCUUCUUCCAUAUUGCAGCACCCUAUAUUAUCUUAUGUACAGUGUACUUGGACGGUCACCUCCACAGUGAAUUUUUUUUAUCAUAGCAAGAUAUAUAUAUAUAUAUGGAAUCCUGAGUCAUCUCUGUAUUAAUGUGAUGUUAACAUCAUACAUGUUUAUCCAAUACAGAAAGAUUAAUUAGGUAUGCCGAUAGAGAAAAGAUAUACAUGAGAUGUCUUCAUGAAUUUCAAUAAGUGCUAUAGUAUUUAAAUAAAAGCUCCAAAUAUGUUUUACUUUUUAAGGUUACCUCUUCUUAUCCCCAGAUAUAAUUGUAAUCCCCCAAAUCUCAGAUUGGAGGUAUAAAUUAUUAUUCUAGUAGACAAUGCUGAAGCCCUUAAGGGGCCAGAACUGUACCCCUUAGGACCAAGGUCAGACUGAGCCAGCGGGACACUGGGAAAAAACAUGUUUGGCCUCGCCUACCCAGACCCAGUCUGAUGCAUUGUAGGUCCCCUAUUGACCUCAUUCCCCCAAAUGCGGCAAAGUUAAGUACAAGGUAUGUGUGCUCAGGGAGUUGGGUUGGGCAGUUGGUUGGCGGGGUGUGGGGGCCUCUGGGUUGUCAGCCCUGAUGGGCCCCACUCCCCCCAGUCUGACGCUGCUUACAACACAUCCACAUAGCAUUUGUGCCCAUGAAAUUUCAAGGUCACCUCUGCUUUGCACCUAGAGCAACAUUUGGCAACAAUACUCUCUGACACUUGCACCAGUUUCAGAGCAAAUUCCUCACCCUUGCCAAAGGGACAGGGUUAGGAUGUUGGGGGCAGAAUCAUGUCAUCAUGGUGUGGUCUGAUGACAUGGGGUGGAAGCAUGAAGUCAUGGGUGGGGCUUUGACAUUACACACUCAGUUGGGCUGAUUUCUGUUUGGAUUUCACAAUGCAGAAACCCAGAGAGGAAGUUUUUAACAGGAGAGCCCCUUGAAUAUCUGACCAGUCCCAUUGAAAACUGGACUGGUGGUAACCCUAGCAAUGAGGUGGCAACAAGGCAACAUUGCCCAUUCAAGCAAUAAGGACACAAGCUAGCACUGUUAUUCUACCCCCAUAUA